GUAUGACAUGAUGAAGCAGCCGAACGAGUACGAGAUGGUGGCGUUCGUGUGGGGUCGCUUCAGCACAUACCUCGGCCUCGGGAUCCCCACGCAGGUGUCCCCGGGCCUCGAGACCACGACCUCCUCCUCCGGCAACUCCCCCAACAACCCCCUCGGCGGCGAAGAGGGCGCUGACGACGGAGCAGGGAACGACAAGGUCAAAGAACUUCCCAAUAAAGUGGACAAGUUCCUCGACUACCUGAACGACGUCUACUUCGCCGGGAGCCUCGACGUCACCAACAAGGACGCUCUCAAGUCGUCCUUCUACCGCGGCAACGGGAGGGGUAACUCCGCCACUCCCAACAACGCAAAGCCACGUAGCGCAGUCCGGUUUGGUAGUGGAGUGGGAGAAAGAACAGGAGGAGGAGGAAAAGGAGGAGGAGGAGGAGAUGGAGAUCUUGGUGACCUGUACAGCGGUCCAAGAGCCACUAAUCAGGUCCAGGCUGCAUUAGAUGAUGUGUAAGGAGAAACCCUCAUCUACAGGAAUCCAUAUGCUUAUGAUGAGAAGGAAAAGUUAUUUGCUAGACUCUGUUAUGAAGACAUUCAGCUAUUCUUGACAUGGUGACAAAUGCAAG